AUGUGGAGUUUUUGUUUGUUUCUUUUUGCACUUCCAGUUACGCAAAUCAACCGCAUUGAAAUGGCCGAAAAUUGCAUCGUUGAAGUAUCUUCCGGUUUGAUAAAAGGCUUGAUAAACCGGUUGCCCAACAGCGAUGGUGUGUGCUACUGCUUCAAAGGAAUACCGUACGCAAUCCCACCCUUGGGAUCGUUACGUUUUCAUCCCCCAAAGCCCAUUACGCGACACUUGGAAGGCACGUUAGACUGCACCACAGAACGGGCCGUCAGUUUAGCCGGCAGCUAUCUUCCACCGGAACCGCAGCUCGCAUCGGAAGAUUGUUUGUUCUUGAAUGUUUACACACCGACAAACCCGAACGUGCUUGGUAAGGAUGGGCGACCGGAGAUCUUACGCCCGCUACCGGUAAUGGUGUGGAUACACGGUGGUGCAUUCUGUACCGGAAGUGGCGACUCAACUGUUUACCAUCCCGAGUGGCUUGUUGCCCAAGGUGUAAUUGUCGUUACAGUGAACUACCGACUAGGGCCAGCCGGUUUCCUCUGUUUACCAUCGGUUGGAAUAUACGGAAAUAUGGGACUGAAAGAUCAACGUUUGGCUCUAGCGUGGGUGCAAACUAAUAUAGGCAAGUUUGGAGGUGAUGCUGGCAAUGUGACCCUGUUUGGGGAAAGUGCCGGAGGAGUUUCGGCCCAUUUGCAUUAUCUGUCCGAGGGAUCGCAGCAUCUGUUCCACAAGAUCAUAUGUCAGUCGGGUGUAGCGACCAGUUCGAUUACGUUUCAAAAACAUCCGGAAAGUAAAACCCGACGGCUUGCGGAAUUUUUUGGCUGCUUACCGGUUGCAUCUGAUGCUGAAGUGUUGGAAACUCUCCUGGCUGUUGAACCGGAAUUAUUGGCCAAAUCGCAAAAAGAAGCUCUUACCCCGUACGAGAAAACGCUCGAUUCGGUGUAUCCGUUCCGUCCGGUUCUGGAGGCGCCAGAUUCGCUUGAUCCAAUUGUAACAGAAGAUGUAUUCGUGUUGCUCGGACGAUCGAAUCGAGCCGCCAAACCAAUGAUGCUGGGCGUGACCAGUGAGGAAGCAUUGUACAAGAUAAACACAUUCCGCCAACAUCUGCACCGAUACACGGAGGACAAAAGUCGCUUUAUUCCCGAAUUGCUGAAUGUUCCAUUGGAGGAUCGGCCACGGGUAGCCCAACGUAUUGUAGAUUUCUACUGCGGCUCGGCUGGAGUUUGUUUGGAGCGAGAGUUUGAGCUGAGCCGUAUAUUUACAGACACUUUAUAUCUGAUACCGGCCAUUCUAGCUGCCGAACUUCAGCUAACAUACAUGCAAGGAGACAUAUUUUUCUACCACUUUAGUGCUGAAACGGAACUGAACAAAUUUCGUCAACUAUGGAAGGUGCCAUCUGAAUAUCGAGGAGCAAGUCAUGCGGAUGAUAUUUGCUACCUAUUUGGCUCGAGUUACUUCGCCACGGAUGCGAUAGCAAAGGGUUCGCAAGCUUGGACAUUGCGAAACGCGAUGUGUAGUCUAUGGACUAGCUUUGCCAAAACGGGUAUUCCACAGAACCAAGAACUGGAUGUUAACUGGACAUCUCUCCAGAAGCCAAAAAUGGGACGCUUUAAUCUAUCAGCUCUGGAAAUAGGCACCGAGCUUAAAAUGGUACAAAACCAUCUCGAAGAUCGUGUUGCGUUUUGGAGAGAAUUGUUUAAAAAAUACAACUCGCUGCCCAGCAAACUUCCAAACACGAUGGUUAUCCGCAAGCUGUACGUUCCGCCGACGGUUGUGCAGAAAAAUCUGCUACCACCGGUAGUAGAUCCGAAUUUUAGUCCACCGGCAACCGCUUAUCAGCCUCCGGCGGAAGAUCUACCGAUCGUUGUUGAGCCGGGAAGUGUGGGCAAUGGAGGCCCGCUGGUGUUUGCUGACGAUGUUGAGCUGGAGUUAGUGCCGGGGAAAAUAGUGGGCCGCCGGAAGACGCUUCCGAAUGGGUCGGAGUAUUUCUCCUACCAGGGCAUUCCGUACGCUCAGCCCCCGGUAGGGGAUCUGCGGUUUAAGUCACCGGUUCCGGUGGAAAAGUUCGCCGAACAACCGCUGCAGUGUGGUGUUGAGCGAGGAAUAUGUCUUGGUGUUAUAACUCUGCCAGCGGGACCGGACGGCGUUGAAGAUUGUCUGUAUCUGAACGUGUACACGACGAGCUCACCGAGUGAAACGCUCGGCACGCUAAAACCGGUAAUGGUUUUUAUUCACGGUGGUGGAUUUUAUACGGGUAGCGGUAAUUCCAGCUUCUUCGGACCGGAGUAUUUGCUGCAGCACGACGUUACCUUGGUGACGAUGAACUAUCGGCUUGGACCGCUAGGGUUUCUCGCCCUACCGUCGCUGGGGAUUCAUGGUAAUCAGGGAUUGAAGGAUCAACAGCUGGCGUUGCGCUGGGUGCACGAAAACAUUGCCCGUUUUGGGGGCGAUCCGUCGAACGUGACACUGUUCGGUGAAAGUGCUGGUAGUGCGUCGGUCAACUGGCACUACCUAUGUCCGAAGUCUCGGCAAUACUUCCAUAAAGCCAUCUGCCAGUCGGGAUCGGUGCUUUGUCCGUGGGUUCUUCAGUAUCAGCCAGAAGGUAAAGCACGCAAGUUGGCUUCGGUGUUGGGCUAUGAGGGAGAAGAUGAUGCCGGUGUUUUAGACACACUGUUGAGCGCGUCGGCCGUGGACUUGGUGUCGAAUUCACCGAAAGCAUUCGAAGAUACGGAGAAGUGCAUUUAUUUCGUGUCUCCCUUCAUUCCAUCGAUUGAAGAUGCCAGCUCGGAAGAUGCGAUUAUUCUGCAGCGUGGUGAAGAACUGCUGAAGCAACCGAACGUAACCUCCAUACCGUUGAUACACGGUGUGACCAACGCGGAGGGAUUAGUGUUUUACGAGCAUCUGCGACAUCUGUUCGAUGAGGUGGCGAGCAAUUUGGCGAGUACGCUACCGUUGGAUCUCGGCAUACCGCGGGACUUUAAGACGGCCGUUGUGGAGGAGGUGCGCCAGUUUUAUUUCCACGACAAACCGAUCGAACGGGACGAAUUUCCACGGCUGUUGGACCUAGUGGCGGAUGUUGGGUUUUACUUUCCCGUGUUCGCAGCAGCCGAGUUGCAUUCGCGAUAUCAAGCUCCAUUAUAUUUCUACCGUUUCUCGUAUGAAAAUGAGCUGAAUCAGCUGCGCAAGCAAUUAAAUGUGCCGGACGGAACACCGGGCGCUGCCCACGGCGAUGAGCUGUCUUAUCUGUUCAGCGGAAGCGAAUUUACCGUACGGGUAGAGCCUGGAUCGGGCCCUGAUCUGGCCCGUACGUUGCUGUGCCGCUUGUGGACCAACUUUGCAAAGUUCGGAUGUCCCACACCGGACGGUGAUGAGGUUGGAUUCCAGUGGGAACCACUGCCGCCGACGGCUUCCGGCGAACCGUUUGUGCUGCGUGGCGUUGAUCUGAACGAUCAGGUGGAGAUUGUGGAGAAUCCUCUCCACGAUAGGAUACAGUUCUGGAAAUCGCUUGCGGCACGUUUUAAUCCCAACCUACUACCGUGA